GGUGGCGGAUCGUCCUGGCGCAGCCAGUGCCCGCGCGUCUUUCGCGAUCGUCGGACCGCGCGUACCGAAAACGGGAACGUGUUCUCGCGUGUCCUCAACCCUCGAGGAUCGGGGGUGCACCGAGGUGCGCGUGACUCGGUUCGAAUAAUUCGUGGAAAUUGAACGAAAACGGGAUCAUUGUGUUGUUUUAAAAGUUGUUGUGUUGAUCGUGGUGAUCGAGGAAAAUCGAAGGGGUUGAAGAGAUAAGAUAGCUGGUAUCCCAUGUAUUGGAAUAACUCGCGAUAAAAACAAUCCUCCUCUCCGCUCUUCUUUUUGAUUUGGAUGGGGUUGAAUCAUGGUGUGAUCAUGAGAGUACGAAGAAGAGAGCAGUGGCACACUCGAGAUGUUGAAUAAAGUGUUUGAAUAAGAAGUCAAGAAUUCUUUAACGAUGCGUGUCGGAAAUUUCGUAUCGCAGGUGUGUUGAUUUUUCUUUUCUUUUCUUUUCUUUUCUUUUUCCGACAAUCGCCCGGCGAAAGUUGCUGUAAUGUAAGAAUAUAUCCGUCCCUCCUCCCUCAUCUCGACUAUGACGACCCGCAGGAUAACGAGAACUCGGCCGUGAUAAUGCGCCGCUAUGGUUAUCAGGAUGGAUAUUUCCUGUGAUCACGCUCGACGAGAGCAAUAACGAUCGGUUGUAAUUGGCCUAUCAUAUCGGAUUUAAUAGAUUCGAUGGGAUCAUCAUCGUGUCCGCCAAAAGGGACUGGUUAGAAUACCCCGAUAAAAAUCUCGUCUCUGUCUCGCUUCCUGUUGUUUUCGAUUGUUGUGCUUGUUGUGCUCCGCUACAUCUACAUCUCAAGUCGCGAGGAUUUGGUUUCGAGUGAAAAAAAAUAUGCUACGAAGGACAAGUCUCGUGCUGUGAACGUCGCAAGUGUCCGGUGAUUCGAGCAAGAUAGACGAGUGAGGUGGUGACUUUCGUUCCAGAUGAAUGUUUAACUUGGUGGAAAUGUGCGGACAAUGAAGGCUCUCCGAGGAUUUGCAUAGACGUGCGCGUGGAAACUCCGACAAUGUGCAAUUCCGUGUUAAAGUGUUCGUGAACGGGUUUCUCGUUAUUCGUACGAUCCUCUCGGCUACCUGUAUCGCAUUCUGCCCAGCAAAGGAAUACGCAAGAACGAUGUCAUAGUCGAGUGCGAGUCGAGUUUAUUUCGGGCACAAUGGCACUGUUGUUCGCCAUUAUUGUCAUCCUGGUCACCACUGCCAUGUCGCUGCCGCCGGUCAUCAGAAUCGGUGCAAUCUUCACGGAGGAUCAAAAAGACAGUCCUUCGGAAUUGGCAUUCAAGUAUGCCAUCUACAAGAUCAACAAGGAUAAAACUCUGCUGGCGAACACCACGUUGGUUUACGAUAUUCAAUACGUCCCUAAGGACGAUUCUUUCCGAACAUCGAAGAAAGCGUGCAAGCAGCUGUCGAGAUCGGUACAAGGGAUCUUCGGCCCAUCCGACCCUCUUCUAGGCGCCCAUAUCCAGAGCAUUUGUGAAGCUCUGGACGUCCCGCAUCUCGAGGCCAGAGUCGACUUCGAGCCAACGUUCAAAGAGUUCAGUAUAAAUCUCUAUCCAUCUCAGGACCAUCUGAACAAAGCCUUCAAAGAUCUCAUGUCAUUUUUAAACUGGACCAGAGUGGCCAUAAUCUACGAGGAGGAUUACGGUUUAUUCAAGCUGCAAGAUCUCGUGAAAUCACCGCCUUCAGCGAGAACCGAGAUGUAUAUUCGCCAGGCAGGACCUGGUUCUUACAGGCAAGUUCUUCGAGAAGUCAGACACAAGGAGAUCUACAAGUUGAUCGUCGACACCGAUCCUGCGCACAUGCAACAAUUUUUUCGUGCGAUCCUCCAGCUGCAAAUGAACGAUUACAGAUACCACUACAUGUUCACGACGUUCGACAUAGAGACAUUCGAUCUGGAGGAUUUCAAGUACAACAGUGUGAACAUGACUGCGUUCCGUCUUGUGGACCUCGAGGAACCAAAGGUGGCCGAAGUUCUGAGACAGAUGGAACGUUUCCAGCCGAUUGGCCACGCUAUCCUCAACAAAACCGGAGUUAUCCAGGCAGAACCAGCUUUGGUGUACGACAGUGUGCAGGUUUUCGCACACGGUUUGGCGGCAUUGGAUCGAAGCCACGACCUGAGGCCCGCCAAUUUAUCAUGUGAAAAAGAGGAGCCUUGGGACGAUGGUUUGUCCCUUUACAACUACAUUAACGCCGCAGGUUUACACGGCCUAACCGGACAUAUCGAGUUCAACGAAGGGAAGCGUAAUAACUUCAAGCUCGACCUGCUCAAAUUAAAGAAGGAGGAGCUGGUGAAGGUUGGCGAGUGGAAGCCCGGAUCGGGCGUUAACGUGACCGACGUCGGUGCUUUUUACGAGACCAGCGCCACUAAUAUCACCCUGGUCGUUAUGACCAGAGAGGAAAAACCAUACGUGAUGGUAAAGGAGGACAAGAAUCUGACAGGGAACGCGAGGUUCGAGGGAUUCUGCAUCGAUUUGCUCAAGUGGAUCGCUAGUCAAGUCGGGUUCCAGUACGCCAUAAGACUGGUGCCUGAUCAUAUGUAUGGCGUUUACGACCCAAAGACCAAGGAGUGGAAUGGAAUCGUUAGAGAGUUGAUGGAAAAGAGAGCGGACCUGGCUGUCGCAUCCAUGACGAUCAAUUACGCUCGGGAGAGCGUGAUAGAUUUCACCAAGCCAUUCAUGAAUCUCGGUAUCGGAAUUCUGUUUAAGGUUUCCGCUCGAACGCCGUCGAGGCUGUUCUCGUUCAUGAAUCCUCUUGCCGUGGAGAUUUGGUUAUCCAUGCUGGGCGCUUACGUGAUGGUCUCCCUAACGAUUUGGAUAGUGGCGAGAUUCUCGCCUUACGAGUGGGUGGAACCUACACCCUGUCCAAGCUGCAAAUGUCCGCUACAGGGUGGUCACGUGAGCGCGUUGGAUCCUGACAGCGACGACAUUCCUCUGCUGAGGACGGUCAACGAGUUCACCCUGGCCAACAGCUUCUGGUUUACGGUCGGCACGCUUAUGCAACAGGGCAGCGACCUCAACCCCAAGGCAACAAGCACGAGAAUAGUUGGUGGAAUCUGGUGGUUCUUCACAUUGAUCAUCAUCUCAUCUUACACGGCAAAUCUGGCUGCGUUUCUCACCGUCGAGAGGAUGAUCACGCCGAUCGAGAACGCAGCUGAUCUCGCUGAACAAACGCAAAUCUCUUAUGGAACGUUAGAGGGUGGAAGUACAAUGACGUUUUUCAGGGACUCGAAGAUUGGUAUAUACAAGAAGAUGUGGGAGUUCAUGGAGUCGAAAUCGCCCUCGGUUUUCGUGAAAAGCUACGAAGAUGGGGUGAAGAGGGUGCUCGAGGGUGACUACGCUUUCCUGAUGGAGUCGACGAUGCUCGAUUAUGCUGUACAACGAGAUUGCAAUCUCACGCAAAUCGGGGGCCUGUUGGACAGCAAAGGCUAUGGAAUUGCCACUCCGAAAGGCUCGCCCUGGAGGGAUAAAAUAUCUCUGGCGAUUUUGGAGCUACAGGAGAAGGGUGUGAUACAGAUUCUGUACGAUAAGUGGUGGAAGAACACCGGGGACGUGUGCAACAGGGACGAGAAGAGCAAGGAGAGCAAGGCGAACGCGUUGGGAGUCGAAAAUAUCGGCGGUGUCUUUGUCGUGCUGGUUUGCGGCCUGGCUCUGGCCAUCCUCGUCGCAGUCCUCGAAUUCUGCUGGAACUCGAAGAAGAACGCCCAAUCGGACAGGUCCCUGUGCGCCGAGAUGGCCUCGGAAUUGCGGUUCGCCAUGCGGUGCGGCUCGCGGCAAAGACCAGCCGCGAAGGCGCGCAAUUCCGACGCCGCGGUGCCGUGCGACCGUUGCAGCCCGCGUGCCACGAGGAGGAGAACGCGAUAUUGUUCCACCGGCCACGAAGAGACCACCUACAUACCAAGCAUCGAGAUACCACGGUUAAAUGCAGGAGGGUGGAGCAUUGUCGAUGACGGAGAUGAAGAAAUCAUUGAGCUUCGAUCAAGUGGGAGCGGCCCGUGGCGGGAACACCUAGCACAGGCCUCAUCCUCAUCUUCAUCCUCAGCAGCAGCAACAGCAACAACAACAACCGCCACCGUGCAAAGCCACGCCCACGCACACACGUCACACACACUGCCACUCACAUUCACACAGCCACAGUCACAGCCAUACGCACAAACACCAACCACCCCCACCGAGGCAGAGACGGGGCUCUUCAAGCAUCGUCUUGGGUCAAGGAGGUGACCAUCCUGAGAGUAUUCUCUGGAGAUUCGACUGCGACCUGGCAGGUGAGCCAGACGUGGUGAUAUCGCCGCCGCCACCGCCACCCCCACCCUCGGCGGCCGUAUCGAGGACCACGACCCUUUGACCAAUACUCGAAGAGGUGCCAACAGGUGUGCCCGUCCAAAAGGAGCUGCCUAUCCAGACCUCGGCGGUGGUGAACGUAAUCGACCAGAAGGAGACCUGCUUAUAGCAUAUGUAGUCGCCGGGGCGGAUGAGUUGGCCGCGAAACGGCUUGACCACUGUCAUCGGCGACAUCAUGGUUGGAUCAUCGAUCGGUCGGCUGUCCACGUGACGACACACAACAAUUUAGAAUUUCGUUUAGCAAAGAAGAAUUGGCGACACGUGCCAAAAAGAAACAAAUAAAACAAAAUCGAUCCGUCGUCGUGGAUCGUGCAGGGAAGAUCGUCGUGUCGAGGAUCAUCGUCGUCGAACGAGUAAAGACGUUAUAAAAAUCGAGAUGGAUCGAUUACUUUUCAACGAACUACAGAGAAACGAAUCAAGUUUACACGAUGGAUAUCGUGAAGAACGGAGUGGUUUGUUACGAAUGGAGUAUUGUUCCAUGCCAUGGAUGCUCGUCCGCCAAUAAAACGGGAUCGAUCCGAAAAGCGUCACCGUGCGAACGAACGCGUUCCAUCGUCCUGACGAAGUUGAAUAGCAAAUGAAACAUCGCGUGCAACGCCAAUCAAUUUGGGCCGAUCGUUCGCUCUUCGAGGCGAGGACUUUCGAGGCUGGGAAGUAUAUAUAUAUAUCGAAUAGGGUAGUUGAACGGCCGAUUCAAUUGUCCGGGCUGGUCGAAAGCGGCGAGUCCGAUUUUCAUGCUAAACAUAUCGAAAUGGAGGCAGAGACAAGGUCGAGAGCAUCGACGGGGAAAGGUUCUCGUUUAACACGUUCGAAGAAGUAGAAGUAGUGGAACGAGGAACAAUGUUACGUCGAUCAAUGUGUGAUUAGACUCGGACCAAAACUCAUAGCCAACACUGCCAACAGAUAGCCUAAUUUAGUCAAACGGUCUAGAUACAGAUGCAUGGACUAAAAAAGAAAAAGGAGAAAGCUUUAAUCCGUGCGCGUGGAUGGAUAAUUCACGGCCUAAAAAAAAAUCUUGAUUCCGCUUAUACUCGAUCCUUAAAGGAGAGGGUUGAUCAAUGAAAUUUCGAUCGAUACAAUGUUACCACGGAACAUGCACAAUGAAGCGCUUUUUAAUAAAAAUGGAAUGCGAAGAAUCGAUUGAAAGAUGGAUUAGGUCGUUUAAAAAGAGAGAGAGAAAAAAUGAAGAGUUUAGAAUAGUCGAGAUGAUGUAAAUACCUAGGACGGAUAUCGUCAAAUCUAUUCGACCAAACAACCAACACGAAGGAUAUCUAGGAAAUAGUCGAAGAUCAAUCAUCGUAUUCAAAUUUAUCGUCUGAUAUGUACAAUUUAAAAAAAAAGAGAGAAAAGAAAAAAAAGAAACAUCUAGAGCAAACCUCGAACGUCUCUUCUUAGAAUAGACGAAACGAAUCACAGGAGGAUGUAGUACAAAGAUUUCGAAAAUGCGUUACCUGAUCGUUACGAUUUUGCACCCUGACCUUUGUUUCCGCGCCGUUCACCAGUCGCCAGAUGAUGGACAGUCUGACCGCGCAGCGGACCAGAAAUUUUUCACAACGCGUUUUAUACAACAGGGGGAUGAGAGGACUAGAAGAAAAUUUCCACGAAUGAAUUUCUCGGUGUGCCUGCGGUCAGCCUCGAACGAUCGAAGCCUGUAACGGUCGAUCGUGAGGGAAAUAUUAGAUUAGAAAGAAUCCCGCGAACGCGCGUACGCUCGAGGAAUAAGUUCGUCGAUUAUGUAUGGCGUUCUGUGUCAUAAAUAGACACGGUUGAUAAAAAUGAUCGAUCGUGUUUGUUCAUCGAAUCGGUGAAUUCACUUCGGUGUAGAUUCACAGGACGAAUUGUAUAAAAAAGUAAGACACGCGUAUGGGCGCGUACACGAAGGUACAAUACAGUGUACGCGGGCAUACAAUCACCGUAUUGUUAGUUUAUAUGAUAUAAUUCCAUAAGGUAAGUGCGUAGCCGCGUAAGAGACUUUAGUCAUAUUUUGACACGAUCGACAGUUUAUUAAUACAUCGAGGCGAUACGAUUAUGUACAGUUGGCCGAAAAUUUUUUCACCGAAAAUUCGAACAUCCGCCGCCUUCGUCGGGAAGGAAGUUUCUUGAGGGCGUUUUUAGUAUUGCGCACCGCGUCGUACACGCGAACACAUACACAUUACAUACAUACACACCCACACACAAAACAUACACAAGCAUACACACAAGUGUACAUACAAGAAGAAAACAAUAUUCAUCGGGAAGAGAAGAGAGAUCGUUGCUCGACGGUUUUAUUAAUGCGUUAUUAACGAUAUAACGAGGAGAAAGAACGCGAUUGAUGGGUGUAUGGUUGACAGAGUGCGUGAUAAGAAAGAGGAGCGAAUCGUGCCACGAGAAAAGGAUUAUGCUGUUGCAACAACGAGCUUUUCAAUCACGCGAUUUACAUACCUCCGUGUUAAUUCGACGAUGAUGGGGAUCAAGCAUUUACCAGCGAUGAACACGAUGACAAAUAUUGCGUCGAUUAUGUCGGAAAUAAAUAUUCUCGCUCGAAUGGAUGAUCGAUGAAACGUAAAUCGGAGAUUGCGCAAAUUAAUUCGUAACUUUCGUUGGCCGAAGAUUCAUCCACGAUGAAGAAUUCAUUUUCAGGGCGGCAAGAAAUUUUCAAUGGCUGCUCGGAGAUAAUCGAGUUCUCGUAUAAUUGCAUCCAGAAGAAUCAAUUGAUCCCGAUUGAUAAAUGAAUUCUUCAUUCCGUAUCGAUUAAUUAAAAAUGCCGCUCUUCCACGAGACACGUCCUUCUUCCUCCUCGUUUUUCUUCCUCGAUCCCGAGAAUAUAUAUCCCUCUUCUGAUAAAUCGCAAAAUCGGGCACGAUUCGCCCAAACACAUGACGUAGCGAUUCGUCGUAAUUGCAUAUUUCGAUCGAACGAGGAGCGUUCGAGACGAGGAAAUAUUAUUGCGACGGAUGUUGGAUACGUUACGAGAAAAAUUGAUUCGAAGGAAGCGAGUUCAGUUUGAAUACUUGUCGCGUCAUCACUGGUGUGCCACUAUUCAAUAAAUAAAUUUUAUUUACUUAAUCGA